AGGGUAUCUCAAAGCAAGCUCUGGUGAGGUAAGAGCCAUUUUAGCUUAUAGUAACAUGCUUUUCUCCACACACAAGGACCAAAAGAUCAGGAUAUGGAACUUCACGGUUAAUUCAGAAAACUUCAAAUCCAAGAAAGUAGGUACUCUUCCUAGAAAAACCUCUUUUGUAUUGUUCCACAGGGCAAAGAACACAGCCAAACACAAAGAUUCUGUUUCCUGCAUGGCUUAUUACCACUCAGAAGGGCUCUUGUAUACUGGCUCUCAUGACAGAACAGUGAAAACUUGGCGUGUCUCGGAUAGAAAAUGUGUGGACUCAUUUGUUGCACACGAAGAUUGUAUAAAUGCUAUCUUGGUGAACCAAGAUGAUGGUUGCCUUUUCACUUGUUCCUCUGAUGGGUCAGUGAAAAUAUGGAGAAGGGUAUUCACAGAAGGCUCUCACACACUCACAAUGACACUCAAAUUCCAACCUUCCCCUGUGAAUGCACUGGCAUUGAGUUCCUCGUUUAACCAUUGCUUCCUCUAUUCAGGGUCUUCGGAUGGAAUGAUAAAUUAUUGGGAGAAGGAAAGAUUGUGCUAUAGAUUCAACCAUGGAGGGUUCUUGCAGGGUCACCGUUUUGCUGUUCUUUGUUUAGCAACGGUUGGGAACUUGAUAUUCAGCGGUUCUGAGGACACAACAAUAAGGGUAUGGAGAAGAGAGGAAGGGAGUUGCUACCAUGAGUGUUUAACAGUUUUAGAUGGACAUAGAGGACCAGUGAGAUGCUUGGCUGCUUGCCUUGAGAUGGAAAAAGUUGUGAUGGGUUUCUUGGUUUAUAGUGCUAGUUUGGACCAAACAUUUAAGGUUUGGAGGAUUAAGGUUUUGCCUGAUGAAAAAAUGUGCUUGGACGACUACACUACUGAUCAGUGUGAAGCUAGAGCGAAGAUGUAUGCUAUGAGCCCUGUUUUGUCACCUUCAUGGGUAGAGAAGAAACUUCAAGGUAGCCACUUUCAGUAA